AUGCAUCUUGGGAAUCUUAUCUUGACACUUCUAGGGCUUGCAAGUUUUGUAGUUGCUGGCCCAAUUGAAUCAGAGGAGGCCAAGGUGCUGGCUGCCGCACAAGCACUAUUGAUCACGACCUCGGCACCGAACCGACCACCUCUGACUGAAGCCUACGACACCGUAAUCCACGGAGGACAGAACAACCUUCUCCAUGAAAGUGGCUUGGUCAGCACUCAGCUCGGUGCAUACAUUCCACAAUUCGAGAAGAUCUUGGAGCAGCUUUACGGCAGUGGGGUAGAGAGCUUUGUCGAAUCUUUGUACGAGCCGAAAGUCUGGAUUCAUGGCAGUUUGGCCCUCGUCUACGGUCGUGCUGUCAUUACCAUUGACGACGUAGCCACAAGCUCUGCGUGGGAGCAUUUCUCGAUGGCGAAAACCGACGAAGGAUGGAAGAUCGCCGCUAUCUCGGAUCAAUCAUGGUCCCUAGCAACGCCUAGCUCGACCAUCCCCCCAAUCAAGCCUGAAGCACCCUUCCGUUGCACAAUCGAAGCUGUCUGGAAUUCUAUCCGUGACUGCAAUUGGGAUAUCUUAGGAGCACACAUGUUGCCGGAGGGCGGUGCCACAUUGGUACUCUCCGAAGGCAUUCUCACACUUUCAACCAACGAGUACAUCGAAUACCUGGCCAGUAUUUUCAACGAUGAACCGGGAGGAAUAUAUUUCGACGAGCAGAUCUUUGAUAUCAAAGCGAGAUCUACUUCUGACUAUGGGUUUGCCUGGGUCCUGUCCGGAGCCAAUAAGGGCGGCAAAAGAACCAAAGACACGGCCGUCACUAUAUUCACAUUUAUUAAGCUAGAUCAUCAAUGGUUCGUGACCUCCGUCCAAGCGGGUCAGCAUUAA